AUGAGCCACAGCAGCUACUAUGGAGGCCUGGGCUAUGGCCACGGAGGUAUCAAUGGACUGGGCUAUGGCCAUGGAGGUUUCAGUGGACUAGGCUAUGGCCAUGGAGGUAUCAAUGGACUGGGCUAUGGCCAUGGAGGUUUCAGUGGACUAGGCUAUGGCCAUGGAGGUAUCAAUGGACUGGGCUAUGGCCAUGGAGGUUUCAGUGGACUAGGCUAUGGCCAUGGAGGUAUCAAUGGACUGGGCUAUGGCCAUGGAGGUAUCAAUGGACUGGGCUAUGGCCACGGAGGUGUCAGUGGCUAUGGCUACAGCCAUAGAGGCUUCAAUGGUCUGGGCUAUGGCUACGGCUCUGGAGGUAGCAGCUUCCAUAAACUGGGCAAUGUCAAUGUCUUUGGAGGCUCUGGCUCUGGCUCUGGAAACUACAAAUAUGGUUACUACCAUCCCUCAUCUUUUGGGAGGUAUGGCUUCUCCAGCUUCUACUGA